AUGUACACGCACAGUACUAAACACGAGGGCCAAGUCACCCUUGUCAGUUGGCAGCCUUCUAAGCCGCACACUUCGGCACAUCGUGAUAUUUAUGAAGCCCGUCAAACUAGUUGUUACGAUGAGCGCCUUGAUGUGUCGUCGGAACGAGUUCCCCAGGGCCAGUCUCAUUCCUCUUUGCAUGCACCAGCCCACCGCCCUGGGACUGGAGGCAGUGGUGGUGGUGGUGGUGGUGGUGGUGGUGGUGGUGGUGGUGGUGGUGGUGGUGGUGGUGGUGGUGGUGGUAGAGUUUUCAAGUGCAGGAGAAGGCUUCACAUGUGGACACUGUGGCGAAUCUUAGUGUUAUCGAUACCCACAUGGCCAAUGAGACCCAUGCGGUGUCUUAACGUCCUUAGGCAUUACAUGUAGAUGGGACGUGUGUGCCGGGUUUACGGGUACUGAUUCAUCAACCCUGUACGACGAAUUCAAAAAUGACCGACCGGGCAUAUGCGUGAUGAGAAAGUGAGAUUGUAGUAGUGGCAGUCUAUAUUGCCGGUGGUAGAGUUGGUGCCAGUGAUGCUUUGUAGGUCAGUGGGAGUGUCGUAGUGGCGGGGAGAGUAGUUCAGGAAGACAACGUCCUGGAUACACAGUUGCUCAACGAGGUCGACCAGUAGCCGAAAUGUCCGUUGACAGCGUGAACACGGGUGCAGUCAUUGAGCAACAAUGUGGUAUACCAACUCCUUACAAGGGUCUUCUCAUCCAUCUGGUUAUGUAUCACCAUGUGAAAAUGCAUCAUUGGUAGAAUUUUUGUUUUCUUGAGCCUUUAUAGGUGGGCAGUUGUUUUAAGAGGGAGUAUGUCAGAAUUCCGUCGUCCUAAUGGCUCCGAAUGUAUUACUAGAACUUGGUUGAUUUAAGUCUUCAAAGAGAGAAUAGUUGGCUGCCUGGAAGUUUUUCAUGUCAUGAAGACAUUCGAGACGUUCAAAGUAGAUGUGCUAACCCACGAAAUUUUAACCGAAAUUCUGAAAUGCGUUUUCAACUCGAAAAGACUACUUAAGUAGGAUUGUAAUGUUUAUCACCGUCCAGCAUAAUCCCAUAAUGGUUUAGUUACUUCAAGAUGCCGGCUUUUGAACAAAUUUCUUUUCGGUCGCCUGCAGAAACUACACCCUGUAAAAUGAGCACUUAAUUAGCAUGAAAUUUUCUCAUGAAUUACCGAUGUCCUUAUAAAUUCAAAUACAUCUCAUAGGAAAUAUGCAUAAAAUAGUUAUUUUUUACUUAUGAAUACAGUCAAAGGUUCUUCAGCAGAUUAAACCAUUCAGAAUUUUACGAUAUCUUGACACACGUGAGGUUGGAGGCCACAUCAAUGUGCAUUUAUUCAUUCACUUGCUCCUGUGGAGCAGGAUACAUAGGCCGCACAACGAGACGCCUGGUAAAGAGAGUACGUGAACAUAUGCCCGCCUGGCUAGACAGGGAGAGACCCGGUCGAUUUCGAGUUCUAUUCCCGCGCAUUUAAUCGAUACGAACCACCGAGUCGAUGCCAAGAAAGCAUUUCAGGUUGUCUACCGGACACCAACAUGCUUCUCUAAAGGCCUACGCCAACGGAUACUAGCAACGGCAGAGGCAGUAGCUAUACGGUUAGUGAAUCCGGUGUUAUGCUGUCAGAAAACUGACACAAGCGCUUUCGCUGCCGUGGCCAACGCCAACGCCAACCCCAAGUGAUGAAGCCAUGCCGCCUCAAAUCCCUAAUCACGAUGAUGGGUACUCCGUGUACUCAACCCAAGAUCAUUACUCAAAGACUCUCUUACCCCCCUCCCCUAGCCCUGACGACUAACACCCGUCGACCUUCUCAUGCGGGCGGCGUGGGGAUGAUGAGUGUUAGUGACUUAAUAGCCCUUGAGGCAUCUAUAAACACUGUUGAUUUUGUACAUUUUCAUUCGUUUCAUGUAAUUGUAUUGGCCUGAGGAAGAAUUACCGAAAACGUGCGUUCGCCAACUUGACUUUUCAAGUGAGGUUUUGUCGACUUUAUGGCAAAAGACAAUUAAUCCAUUUUGAUGCCAAAUAAAUGACCAAAUAUGUAAAAGUGCUAAGAAAUUUUCCAAUUAAGAGAUUAUUAAAGACCGUGAAAUGACCGUUCAUCAGACCUCGUGUCUUUGCAUUUACUAAUGUUGCAUGCAUUAGCGUACCACCCAUACAUGACGGCAGUUCGGCUGUUCCCACUGGUGAUAUUCAUCGUCUGCUCCAAAGCAAGGUGUGAGCAGGGACGGUGACUUAUGUGUGAUAGUGGACUGCGAUAACAUCUACCGCACCCCCUCCUCCAUCCCCACCUAGGCCCGGAGUCAAGAAGACCUUGGGCGGGAGAGGGAGCGGGUGGCUGGCAUGGCAGAAAUUCGCGCCCAAGAGCACCACCACACCUCCAGGUCCAUGCUGUACACUGACCAGGUUUUUAUCAACCAAUAAAAACGGAGACGGCCGGGAUCCUAGUUGGCGCGGUAUGAAUCUGUGCCUGGGCGUAGCACCACACCCCAAUGUUGGCAUUCGUUCUGGGUGCGCAUCCCAGAUAACACCUGCCGGACUCCAAUCAAGACCUUGCGUUGGUCCAGCACAUCUAGUGCGUGGAUCGUUCCAGAGGCAUAGGUGGCACAAUACUACACAGAGGAAUGGCGGACACAGACUUAUUGGUUUCCCAAGGUAGACAAGCCUCAAUUGGAUGCCAGAGGUCACAAACGGGCAACCAAUACUUCGGUAUUGUCGGUAUUCCUUCUCUGCAUGAAAUGUUCGUCGCAGUGCAACUGCCUGCGAGGGCUCUUGAUUAAGCCCCAAGAAGCAGCUGUGAUUCGAUCGGUGGACGCACAUCCGACAUAAGUUUGUAUUCUCGAUCACAACCGGCAAGACAACGAGCCCGCGGCUCAAUCGUAGACCGUCGGAUGCAAUAACACUCAAUGGCCAGCAGUCGUGGGUCCAGAGCUCAGAUUUGGGCAGGGCCGACUGACGACGCCUAAAAAACCAGAAACGGCUAUCCCGGGCUACCUUGUCUUAUUCAGUACUCCUUCUUGUACAUAAUGCCAGUUGCUAUGCAAAUGUUUUCGAGGGCCUCGAGGAGCAAUUGAUCGGCGAACGCAUUUUUGUCCAAACGUGCAAGCCCUCCAGAUUACUUAACAUUUCUUCAACGUUUUUGCUUUUCCGCAUGCUGGAAAAAGCAUUUUGUAGAAACUUAAUUUUGUAAUGGACAAGUUAUGGAAUUUCCAUUCGCACAAGAUGCAACGGUUGAGCGUGAGUACAGCCAAAGAUUCUUCAACAGAUUAAACCAUUCAUAAUAUUACGAUAUCUUGACACAAGUGAGGUUUUAUCGAUUUUGUAGCAAAAGACAAUUAAUUCAUUUUGAUGUCAAAUAAAUGCCCAAAUAUUUAAAGAUACUACUAUUAUGCUCAGUUUUUGGCUGACCAUAAAACAUGGUGCAAAUGUCUCGGCCUUGACUAUACACGACACCAUUAUGUAUCCCUGAGAAUCACCUGCCCUCUAUAAAGUAUGCGUCGAAAACUCAUUUUUGAAAGCCUUUCCAAAGCGUAUUUGCUACUGCACCUGUCGGUCGUCUUACUAUAAUUGCUGAACUUCCUUUGGGCACUUCAUAUAUACAUCGGUGUAGCCCGUAACUACACAACUUUCCUAAUUAAUCUUAAUUAUGCUGGUUCGCCUUAGCCUUACAUGCCCAUCUCGUGACUCCAACGCACACCCUGCACUCUUGUCUGGUUUCUCCCAUUUUUUAGCUCUGCCAUUGUUGCCGUUGUAUUAAGUUAAUAAUCUCGAGGGCAACCAACAGGACAACGAGCCCAUGGCUCAAUGGUGGACUGCUGGAUUUAAUAACGCUCGAAAACCAAAAAACGCUGAUUGAAGGCUCAAAUUGACGACGCCAGAAAUGGCCAUCCCAGUCUGUCUUAUUCAGUACUUCUUCCUGUAUAUGUUCCCAGUUGCUAUGAAACUGCUUGCGAUGGCUCUAGACUGGGACUCAAGAAACAACUGCAAGUCCAAAUGCCAAAAUCUGAUUGGCGAAGGCCCUCCUUCCCAUCAUAUAUAAUAGGCAAGGACUUUUACCAAGACCUGUAAGUUCUUGAGAUCAGUUAACAUUUCCUAUACGAAAAGUUCCACAUAUCUCGCUCUUUUACCUAUGCUACUUUUCUGCAUGCUAGCAAUAAUAUUUUGUAUCGGACAGGUUAUGUGAUUUCCAUUCGCAGCCAGAGGUUCUUUAAUAGCUUAAACCUAUCAAACUUUUGCAACAUUUUGACACCAAUGUGGUUAUAUUAAUAUUUUAACAACAGAAAAAUGGGCUUUUUUAAUACCAGUUUUCAGAAGGCCAUAAAACACUACAAAUGUUUCGGUCCAUAUUAUAGGCGACACCAUAAAUUAUUUCUGAUAUUAUUUUCUGAUAUUAUUUCUGAUAUUCCAGGCACCUCAUGCGCACCUGGCAUAAUCUGCAAUUAUAAAAUCUGUUAGAAUAAUUUCAAUUUUUUAUUUUUUAAUUAUGUUACGACUCAUUAGCCUUAUUUGCCCACCUCGUGACUCCAACACGCUCCCUGCAUUCUAGUCUGGCUUUUUCCAAUUUUUUACCUCUGCUAUUGUUCCCGUUGUGUAAAUGACAAUAGCAUGUCGUCAUGGUGAUUAGUUCACGUUAAAAAGUAGACAAGUUUCUUGGUGGGAUAGGUCCCCUACCGUCCUCGACUGCGGAUUCGGUCAGACGUGAUGUCUUUUGUCAAAAAACAAAAGAGUUCUACGCUAUUCUGCUGAAAUGGCUUUACUGCACGUGGGGACAGAAUGCUAACUUAUCAACCUCACUGCAAAGCAAACUACUAUGAAUUCCUUUAAAGUACAGCUUGGAAGCUGAUUUAAAAAACACGUCUGUAAUUAUUAAUGACUGCUUCCUGCAUUCCUAGAACUUGCUGCUCUUAAUCUCCUUAGUAGAACCAACCCAUUUUCAAAAUAGAAGGUUUCGCAGGAAGAUUUACUUCAAGUUGGGCGUUUACGUUUACCGACAGUGUCACUCCCCACGAAGUGGCUGAUUGAGUUUGCCUUUUUUCGAGUUCAUUUGGCAAUACACGUGUGACAUAAGUUACCGUAUUGACGGCACAGGUUUUGGCAAUAAACACGUGGUAUGCAGUAGGUAGGCUAACUCAUGAAAUGCCAACCGAAGUUCCGAAAUGCGUUUUUGUUUCGAAAAGGUUACUUAAGUAUGGUUGUAAGACCAAUCACUGUACGUAUAAUUCUAUAAUAAUUCAGUUACCUCAGGAAGCCCGCUUUCGAACAAACUUCUUUUCGACUGCAAACAGGAACUACACUGUAAAAAGUGACUGCUUAAAUAGUAUGCAUUUUCCCACUGAUUUUCGAUGCUCCUAAUAGUCAAUUACAUCUCAUGGAAAACAUGUAUAAAAAUAUUCAUUCUUCUACCCAUUCGGUAGGAAAUUACGUCUUCUUUCAAUUUUGUACUCGAAGCAAGGGUUUAAUUCGGACUUCAAAACUUUUCCAAUUCCCGAAUAAUUUUGAACCCGACCUGCCGUCACACUUGCAUUUAGGGUUUCCAAACUACAGGCCGUAUAUUUUCCGCGUACGGAAAACCGUAAAUUUUUCUACGGUAUUCAAAAGAGAUUAUAUGGGGCUCAUAGUAUUUAGCAGUGGAUUCGACCCAUAUUAUUUACUUUGAAAGCAACACUAGUAAAUGCAGAGACGUUUUAUGAACGGCUAUUUCACGGUAUUAAAAAAUCUCAUAAUUGGAAACUAUUUAAAACAAAAUUAAACGAAGAUGUAAUAUUCUACCGAAUGACCAAUAAAAUGAAUUUUUUGCAUGUUUUCCAUGAAAUGUAAUUGACUUUUUAAAAGCAUCGAAAAUCAGUGAGAAAAUGCAUGCCAUAAUAUUAGUCAUUUUUGCAGAGUUUAGUUCCUGCAUGCGGCCAAAAAAGUUAGUUUGAAAGCCGGCAUCCUGAGGUAACUGAAUUUUUAUAGAAUUAUGCUGCACGAGGAUUGGUUUUACAGCUCUACUUAAUUAAUCUUCUCGAAACGAAAACGCAUUUCGGAAUUUCGGUUGACAUUUCAUGAGUUAGCCCACCUACUGUUCAUUUGGCAAUACACGUGUGGUAUAAGUGACUGUUAUGACGGCACAGGUUUUGGCUACAGGCCCAAACACUAUCUUGUCGGUAUUGUGCCGCAGCAUGCCACGGCUGAGAGGAGUCCAACUAACCAGUUGGCUCAUAAGUGUGCCGCCUAUAUGGUAAAUUCUGAAACAUGGGCAUGUUACUGGCCAUUUGUCAGUAGCUUGUGUGUAUCACGCGCUUAUUUAUUCGUACCUGGUAUAUUUUGACGCAAAUAUUUAUACCAACUUUUGGACUGAGCCAGUGGGGCUUGAUUCGGCUUGAUUUGCUCAAAGCUAGCGAUUAGUUGCUGAGGAGAUCAAAAAGGGGAACUUUCGGUUGAUUACACAAGGAUUUCUACGAAGAUAUUUUGAAGGCAUUUAACGCACCGAAUCGGGAGAAGUGUCUUUACCUGAUCGGCGCCUAAUGAAAUGACCUUUUUCCCCAAUCCAUAAGAUUGGAUGGCGCCGUUUAGGCACUCGGCAAAAGACAUUCUUCAGUGAUGUGUGUAUUUUGCAAGCGGAAAUCUAUCGCUAUUUCCCAUAACUGUGGAGUCCUUUAAGGUUCCAUUUUAUCCCUUCACCUCUUUUCCCUUAACACUCCUGAUCUGAAAUCACUAAGUGACUGCCUGUGUUAAAUGUGCUGAUGAUAUGCUGGUUGGGCACCCUAUCGAAAAUCAUACUCAUCUUCAGUUUCUGAUGGAUGGCUUGGAUAAUGUUUCUGCAUGAUCGUUGGAAAAUCGUCUCCUACAUAACAAUAGAAAAUACCUUCUGCCAUUCCUGAAUCCUUGGACAUUCUCCCAAAGAGACAUCCUAUUUCUGGCAUCACUCUGUCCUUAAAUCUCUCAUCCGCCUUUCAUACUGAGGUCGUUAUCAUUAUAAUUCGCAAACUCCUUUAUUACAUUCGUUCUUUACAUCCCUAUCACACACCUCAACCCCUAAUCGGCACAUUCAUUUUGAACCACAUUAUCUAUACUCUCCGGUUGUUUUUACUGUCUUCCUUAAAAGUAUAAGCUCAAUUUAGAGCGGUUACGUUAAAUGCUUUUUUUCUGCUAGUAUUUCUUAUAUCUUCUAAGUCGAUAUUAUAAUACAAGAACAUUCACAACGGUCAAGAAAUUUGCUGAUCGAAUUCUAAAUGAUGUUGUCUAUCCCUUCAAUCCGAACUAAUCGCUGCGGAGUCCUCCCGUCCCAUGCAUCCUGGCUCCCUUGAAUUCCGUAUUGCCAUUUCUGGCACAAUACCUUACGUGGAAAGAAAGCGAAGUACAGAAACUGGGAUAUGAAUUGUCCCCGUAAUAAGUACUCAAUUCCAGAAAAACCUAUUACCUCUUUUGUUAUUUGCAAAUUUAUAUCCUGGUUAAAAUGAAUGGAACUGAUUUUGUUGGAAAUGAUACUUUCAAAAUUAGGUGUGCUAUUCUCUCUCUUUGUCUCCCUUAUCUGCAGGUUGAAAAUCACCCUGGGAAUGCAAUAUCCAUACAGGAGUAUCUUUAAAGUGGACCAGGGAUAACUGUCAUCGGCCAUUCCUGCCAAGAGUUAGACGUGCCCGCUCUGAGAUAGGUAUAUUCGUGAUCCGACAUUGUCAAAGGUGAUGCGUCUUCAAUUUACUAGCAAAAAAAAUAGUAAAGUAACGCUCAAACUGUUAUUCACUCUGGAAUACCAUCAGUUUACUUCACAUCAUCCUGGUAAAUAAGCUAUACAGUGAAAAGCUGCCGCAUCCCCGGUAGAAGUAGAAUCUCAAAUGUGCACCAAAAAUACCUUAUGUUCUCUCCUGCUGAUCCCUAAAAUGGGCUGUGCUAAAAAUGGGCUAAAUUGAAACUGGUAUCGGAUUGGCUCACGAAACGCGUUGAUCGGGUUGCAUCAAUACCGCGCAAUUUCUUGACUAUUACUGCAAAUAUAUGGGAAUCUAAGCAGUCAAGUCCGACGAACGUACAUUUCCGAGUAUUAAUCAUCGGGCCUGUACAGUAAUAUAAGGACAAAAUAGCAAAAGUUGAACGGUCGAUGAAGAUCAAUAUUGGGGGAGAGGGUUGAAGGGCGUUCGGAGCUCAGUGGUCAGAUUCUAAUUCUGUCUGGGGUACAGGAAGGGGGCGGGGGAAGGUGUCUGACUACUAGCUGUCCGUCUUUCGGUGCCAUAACUCGACGUGGCAGGUGUGAACAUGUAUGCUGGGUUUGUCUUUACCCAAGGGAGCCUUAGCGCCUGUACAAACAUUUUCUGCGAGCAAAAGGCUGGGUCGGCUAACCCUAUGGCCUCUGCCAUCGCAAGUCGCCGACACUGUAUAGAUGACAUGCAUUCGAAGUAGGCCCUUACACCGUGUCAGUCAUUGCGCCCAAUCUCCUAGCCAGACGGUCUACAGGCUCGGAAAUUUGACUAGUACAUGGGAUAUAGAAGAGCGAGUGAGGGCGACGGUUGAAAUGGGCACAUUACUCCCUGAGAUAAAACUGACACGUUUAAAUCGCGGCUUAGAAGACUGCCAGCUGAUGGGAUGAUUCGGCCCUUCCCAGGACUGAAAAUUAGUCUUCAAUGGCUCUUUCUCAAUGUGCCUCCUGUAACAAUCUAACGCACGUGAAAUCCGGACCGCCAUUACUGCGGCUUAGUACACACAGUGUAGGGCAGAUCGUGUGUGGAACGCGUAGACGAGCUGUUUAGUUAUGUCAGUCACUGCGCCCACCUCACCUCCGGUCGCGUUUACGUCACCCCGCCAUCGGAGCAAGGCGAAAGAGGAGAGGGAGAGUGCAGUAGACGCUGCACAAGUCCGUGGAUUUUAAUAUAAAGACAGUGUGGUUUGCCACCAGACAAGUAAAAGAAAGCAUAUUUUAUGCAUGUUUUCUAUAAAAUAUAUUCGAAUUUUUACGACCAUCCAAGGUCCAUGCGAAAGAUGCAUGCUACUUCAGUAAUCAUUUUUUACCGAGUACGGUUUCUGCGGGAGUUCAGAAAGAAGUGCAUUCAAAAUCCGACAUCCUGGCGAGUCUGAAAUACUAUGGUAUUAUGCCACAUGACAAUUAUUAUUACAACGCCAUCUUAUUCAUCUUUCCUAGUCGAAAACGCAUUUUAGAAUUUUGGCCAACAUUUCAUGAGACGGGUCACGCACUGUAGGUCUCCUCGGAUCUCCUCCGACAUGUCCUCACUCAGUGGGAAAUAAGUUAAAAGCAUUAAGUUCACAUUUGCAUGAUACGGACUUAAGGUCAUCCAUGAAUUCCGUCGUCUUGCUUCGAGUCAUUUCCAGCAACUCAAAAACCAUUUUCGCCAAGGGAUCCUAGACCAGAAUCCCACAUUCCAGAUUUGAACGGAGAAAGGUUUUGUAUACUUUUAUAGAAAACUCCUUAUUUAUAAAAAUUUUUAAUCGAUAAGAGAACACUAGUCGCCAUUUUGACCGUCCUGAGAGAUUACGGGGAGCGUUUCAGGGACUAAAAAUGUCGUGAUUCCGAUAUCCUUUUGUCCUAUCACGUUUGACAGGCGUCUUCCGUCGGGGAAGUUGCACGUUGAGUUCGCCUUCUUCUUUUCGGACUGUAGUCGAGUAAAUCCUUUCUACAGAGUCCGUCCACCAUUAUUGCAUUUGGUCCUUUGCAGUAUUUUCACUUCAUCUGAAAAAAUGAAUCCCGGACAGUCGAGUCCACUCUUGUAUUGACAUCAAAUAAAGCCUUUAAUGACCCAAGAACAAAACCCUGAUGUACUCCCUUUGCACUGCCACUGCGUACAGACUGCAAUCGGCUAAUCAAGAAGUCCCCCACCCAGCUUCGUAGGUUCCUCCUUAUCCCACGCUCUUGGGCCUUGUAGAGAAACCGACUACGAUGAAUACUAUUGGAAGGCUUCCUUGAAGUCGAUGAAAACGACAUCUACCCUUGUGUCCUAAUCUAACGCGCGGAAGGCCACUGCCCACUAUCCCUAACUUCACAACAAAUGAAGAAAGUCGAUCGAAGAGGAUAAGGAAAGUUUAGCGAUACUCUAACUGGUGUCAUGAUAAAAGUGAAGUUUGUUUUAAAUACUAAGGAGGGAUAGCGAUUUACUAUCGCCAAGUAUGAUAUCCCAAAGGAUAAGAUGCUUGCAACCAAAUGGGAAAGAGUGUUUAUAGACGAAGGAAUUAAGAGGAGGAAUCAAAAGGGAGAUAUUCGAACUCGGAGGCAACAGACAUUUCGGAAGAAAAAAGGACGUAAACAAACACCGCUUUCUCAGCUAAAACAACCAAUGAGAAGGAUGAUGAUGCGUCUACAGGGAGUGGCAAAACCGCUAACCAGCCUCCAGUGCAAAAACCGGGCGACUAUAAGAGGUCAGAAAACGAAGAAUUAUCUCGGGAAAUCCCAAAAAAUCACCGCAAGCCAGAGUGCUGGUAUGAAGGGACGGAGUUUGAGCACAGCGCAAGCAACGACCGAGAAGUCUCGGUAAGCGCAGGCACAUGCGUUGACUUUCCCGCCCUAUACCCCCUUGAAUCAGAAAGCAGCGACAGCUAGGAUAACUAUGAUGUAAUUUCUGAAAAUAAAAAACCACAGGGUCCUCAAGACGAUCGCAGUAAAUACAUAGAUAUCAAUGACAUGACUGAAUCUACUUCCGACACCCCAAAGGUAAGAAUACACGAUGACGUAGGAAUUAUUCCAAAAUAUCGUAAGUCCUUUUUAAAGGGGGAGUGAGACAGUCACCGCUCUAAAUGCCCUUUUGAAUGGUCCGAAUAAAAGGCUCAAAGGAUGGGUCAGGCCAACCAAGACCACUUAAGCUUCCUUUCAAGAACGAGGAAUAGGCUCAGCUACGGUUGAGCAGGAAAAUCCUACUCCGAACCGCUCACCUAACGGUUUUUCCAGCGGGAUUUUUCACCUGCGGAGCGGGAGGAUGGAACAAUGCUCAAGACAGAAGUCGUCAGGAGACCUAGGCUGGGCGAAAGCAGCCUCAGAAUCCGGGGUAAUUUCUCCGGAGGAAGUCCACGACGCUGCGUGUGAUGUGCAGUGAGACUACAAUCAAGCAGCGUUCGUUGCUGCAGAGUAAUUCGGCGCAAAUGGCGAUAAACACAUUGACAUUCAGUUCGAGCAGAUUGCAAAAAAUUCGAACGGAGACAGUGGACUGGAUAUGGCACAUGAAAUAUUUUACAAUCCCUAUACAACUACCGUACGAAAAUCUUCCCGGACAUAACUCCCCUCCCUUUAUAAAAAAGCGCGUAGUUCUUUACCCAGAAACCAGAUUAAUUAAGCGUACGGGUAUCUGAUAUGCAUCCGAACGUUUUUCCCCUUACAGAAACUUGGUUACAUGCGGAGAUAUUGGAUGGCGAAAUUGCUAUCAGUGGAUACCAACUCUUCCGGCAAUGCUGACCGCAAAGAAGGUGGAGAAGUAGCCAUCAACGUUAAAAGAGAAAUCAUCGUAUGCGAAUGCAGACUUGCUUGCCCACGUGACUACGAAACGGUCCGAUUUAAACUCAAUAGGCGUGGAGUACCAAAUAUGAAUUUCUUGACCAUAUACAGGCCGCUCAUGCAAACCCCCAGAGGUUGAUGAGGCAAUGUUUGGGUUGAUUAAAGAAGUGGCCCAAAACCAAGAAGCCCUGAGAGCCGGAGAUUUCAACGCACAGAUAAGUAAUUUAAACAAUUAGACAAUAAACGGCUCGGGUAAUUUAGUUUAUUUUAAUUUGUGUAAGGAUAAUAGGUAAGCCCUUUGAAAACCCUAUUGGUUUCAUGUCAUUUCGUUAUAUACAGCUGUACACGAACAGUGAAAAUUGUCGCUAUUAAAACGGUACUUGCAUGAUUUAAGUAGCACUGUUUUAAAAGCAACCUGGCCAGGGAUUCACGGGGUAUUUAGCUCAGAUUCAGACUGCCAAGGGAAAGAAGGGGACAUAUUUAAUAAUUCGAGCGUUUCUUAAAGAGCUGCUGGGACGUUGCCUCCACGGCUGAUUUAGGGAGAUCAUGCCAUUUCUCUGCUAUCCUUUCCGCGAAAACUUCAGAUCGAAGGUUCAGCCUGGAUAUCCACGGCGUUUUUUCAGCCUUGGUGCACUGCAGUGCAGGUUUCAUGUUGCGCUGAAUCCAAAUACCGAGAUCCUUCUUCGAAGAUUCUGCGGGAACAGUUAUGUCUUUCAGGUGAUUUGCCUUCAUGUUGCCAUUUGAAUGGCAGUUAGACGCAGAUGAAAUAUGGCACACUUUUGCACACUGAACUCCAGGAGCCAUUUCUUGGAUCACGUUUGCAGUCGGUGCAGAUUACUUCGGAGGUCUUUUUGGUCAUUCGGCGCUUAAUGACAUUCCAGGGCUUAGAAACGACAGCAAAGAUAUUUUUAUCGCAGAUGUUUUCUGAAGGCUGUCGCUAAUGUAAAGAAUGAGGAGUAGGAGUCAGAGAACCGAGCCGUCCCCCUCAAACGGGCCACCUGGUAGAUGCGCCGGACCAACAGGGGGCAAUAACAGAUUUCGACGGGCGUAUUUGGAUUCGCAAACCAUAACAAAUGCCAACAUUUCGGGGCGCGGUAGCAGACCCAGUUGCCGUUAGUUGUGGCGCACACUGGGACCCCUGCCGCUCCCGCCCUCAUCGUUGUUGGUGGUUAAAAACCUGGUCAUUUGCUGUGUAUACCAGGGGAUAUGGAGUGGAGCGUCAAGGUGCGGGCUUGACCGUAACAUUCGCCUUCGGUCUUCUUGAUUCUGUCUUGACAACGGGUCAAGGUGGGGAGGGGGAUGGAGUGCGGCAAAUGCUGCGCGAGUCUACUAUCAUUAUAAACUAAUUCACGCACAAGUCACCGUCCCUGCUCCCACCUUGAUGUGGAGCACACGGUGGGCAUCGUCGGCAAUGACUGUCGAACUGUCGUCUGACGCAUCCUCUCAGAAGAUCUCCCGGGUGUCGAGGACGCUCAGUUUAUGCAGAAGUUGUCUGCGCGGGACAGUAUCAAAUACUUUAUGGAAAUCGAGUGUACACUGUAUUGGCCGAAGACGUCAAGGCUAGCAUACACACACACACGGUCGAAAAGAUCACCUAGGGCAAAUUUCCGGUUGUGUAACACUGGACAGAGUCCUUAAACACCACAUCGGACAUGCAUAUAGGGAUAUAAUAAGAAAAGGGUUCAUGGCGUAUGAAGUCUGUGUUACGGUUAACAAACGGAUAGAAUAGAACAUGAGGAAAAUUAUAAAUACAAGGAGAUGGCAAGUUAUUAUACAAAUUGUUCAUUUGGAGUGGGAAGUUACCACAUCAUAUCAGCUAGAAACCAGUGAGGAUUGCAGAACAGUCGACAACUGAGGGUAGAAGUCUGGGCGUGUGCUGACGAUAGAGAACACAAGCAACGAACGGACAGUGAGAACAGGGGACGCAAUGUCAGCGGUUGUGAGGGAAGAAAUGCCAGUCACCUUCUCUGGCAGACAAUAUCACCAUUCAAACAACCCAAUGCCAUUCCUGCUCCGUUAAAUAACCUCCACCCGAGUUUCAGCAAUAUCCUAAGUGCUGAUGGAACUGUUCCAUAUAGGGGGAUGGUGUGUACUCCUCUCCAGCCAACCGCUGUUGCCGAUGUAGCGACCGAAGACGUCAAGGAUAGCACAUAUCGAGGCAACGAAGCACUGGGAAUGAAUCUUAGCUAACACCGAGCUGGAGAGCUGUUAAACGGAUCAUCAUUCUCAUUCAAGCAAAAAGAAUGGAAAAGUUAAACAGUGUGAAAUAUAUGCACUAGAAACCAGGAAUAAGAUGCAUCGGAGAAUGAUAAAUAACUCACAGAUAGAUGAGAGCCGCAGCAGGUAUGAUAAUCCGCCUGGAUGGAAAGGUGGUGUCAAUAUGUCUGCUAGGCAACCGGUGGGGGUAGCAGCGCAGUGAGUGACUGCAGAAGAGGGCCGUGGGAGGUACCGGAGUAAGGAGAGAAAAAGUUGCGAUGUGUUGGAGGGAGGGGGUCGGAGUAAUAGCGGGAAGGGCGUCGGCUAUUUUCACCAACAAACGGUUACAUCGAGUACACCCUAGAUUCGCGCCAAAAGGGCUCAUGCCAUUCAAACAAAUCUGCGCAAUUCUAGGUCCGUCACAACACGACAUCGGCCUCGAUCAUCUAAAGCCCAGGUCCAGAACUCCAGACAAGUUAGCAGAUUUGAGAGGCAGAAACGUUUUUUCCGCAAGCCAUGCUGAAAAUUCUGUAGGGUGUUAUCUUUUUCACAAAACUGCUGUUCAGCACUAUUUACUGGAAAUUCCAUCGUUUUCACGAGAGGCGAGUCAAGGUAAUAGGCCUGAAGUUGCUGGCUGCUAUUCUACUAAAUCCCUUACAUAAGAAAACGGGAUUGGUUGUUUUUCAUUACGGGGUAGUCCUUCUGUUCUCCUUGGCGGCUCAGAGAGAGUCGGAAGAAGCUGUUACAACUCCUUUGAUAAUUGCUUAGACAUCAGUCCAGGAAUCCCAUCGGAUCCAGGAGAUUUGUCUGGCUUAAUUUGACUGAGGACGCGCCUUACUUCUUCAACGGAAAGGCAACGAUUUUAGCGACAGCGGUAUCUUGGACCACUUGAAAAUGCCGAUUUCCUUGGCCCAUUUAAAAUUUUGAUUAUAUUCAGAGGACUACACGUAAGAACCGGUCGAAAAAACUGAGAUAGUAAUAGUACUUACUAUAGCCCUUCGAAUGAAGCGGGUAUUAGGCUGAUUGAACCCAAAUCCGUCAAUUAUUCAAUCAUCUUCUUGGUGACAGUACUUCUUUAUGUCUCGCUGAGUUGUUCUUCAAAAAAACCAGCCUCGAUCUCAUCCGAAGUCUCUAUAUGAUAUUUUGAAUUGGUUUUCAUCCGCAUGGCGUUCCGAUAUCUCUUCUGCGCCGCGUAAGUUAAAGCUUCCGCCGGCCGCUCGCAGGUCUCCUAGCAGACUUUCUCCGCCUGUCUGUGUGCAUGUAAGCGGCCUUCGUUUCUUUGGACCGUACAGAGGUAUGUGGUGUCCUCCUGAGACGUUUCUUUAUUUAUAUAAGUGAUAAGUAAGAUUUAUAACUUCUUUUCCUCCAUUCUGGACCUCUAAACUCCUACUGCAUCUUCGAAAGUUGUCAAAUAAGUCUGAAACAUGACGUACAGGUUCCGUCGUCGUAUGAGACAUCCAUCAGACUCAUUAAACUUUUUGUCCGCUUGACGGGCAUAAAUCUGAUAGCAGGGCACCACACACUGCAGGCAUUAAUAUUGUUUUUACAUGGUCCAUCAUUUAUUUAACUAAGCCUCCGCGUAUCACUGGUCUAAUGGUAACGUUAUCCGUCGUGCCGAUCGACUCCUAGUGUUCGAUUGCGGUCUGGAGUGGGUAUUUUGCACAAUGUUCUAGAGUCAUUUGUCCGAUCACCAUUAUUGAGUAAAAAAGUUCAAACGUCUUUUUAAGAGGUUUGAGGCGAAUUUUCAACCUGAUCAACCUGGACUCUUCGAACUGGCGAAUAAUCUCUUUCUCGUAAAGAAAUUCUCGUGUCCAACAAGUACCAGAGGGACUCAAAGGCCAAAUCAUCUGGACCUCGUCCUUACAAAAGACCUAACUAAUGCCGAGUAACUUAGGUCAAAAUUACCGCCUGACCAUGCCGUGCUGUUUCGAAAAUACUGCUCACUCAGCCAUCAAUUGGGACAGCUGAGUUUCGACUGAAUUUCUGGCGAGGAAAUUUUGCUGAUAUGAAAAGGUUAUUAUAGUAAUUAACUGCUGGUUCAUUCUAAUUGGAUGUCCGGAUGUCAAUUUAAGCUUUUGGGAAGGUACGUAGCAUCCAUACAACCUUGGGACUACGGAUAAAUUCGCACAAAGCAAAACGACAUAAGGUCGAAUAUCCUUAGGUCGCGAAAGGAGUAUCAAACACGGAUUAUAGAACGAGCUGUCAAUAAUCCAAAGUUCUCGUCAGCUACAUCAACUGCCGUUUAAGAAGAAAGAAGAAAAUCACAGUGCUGAAAGGAGAUACAAUUAGGACAUUAUCGAAGAGAAUUGUAAGGCUGAAUACUUAAGCCGCUUAGUCGCAUUCGUUCCCCAGAUAAAACGAAGUUCAACCAGGUUGACAUUUACAUUGGAACAAACGGUGCAAUAAUGGAAAGCAUAGAUUUCAUGGGAAAGGAUGUGGGGAAGGAACUUCUUCUGUUUCGAGAACGUAAGUUCCCAAGUCCGGACAAAAUGCCGCCAAAAUUUCUAAAGAAGCUUGCUUACGGGCACUUCCGACCGGUUUCACAUAUUUCUCAGUUGUCCUUUGACCGAGGAAUUGUCCCUUCCGAUUAAAAGAUGACGAACAUAUAUCCCAUUCAGAAGGUUGGACCAGAACAAGUGCUAACAACUACCGGACAGUAAGCCUAGCAUGAUUUGUUACAAAGUGGCUAGGGGGAUCAUCAGAAAAUCCACUACUAAGUUUAUCGAAGACAGGGAUUUCUUCCAAGGAGAUCAAUACGGCAUCUGACGAAUCCAUUCUUGUUUGACCAGCAUGCUUUGCUCAACGAAUCAAUGGACCACUAGUUCGAUGAAGACACAAGUGCCAGCGUCAUCUACAUUGACUUCAAAGAAGUCCUUGAGUGUGUUCCACCUCGCCGCUUACUCCACGAGUUUCUGGAGUCCGGAAUAGGGGAGAACCUACUAAACUUGGCAGAUGGCUUCUUGAUCGGCUGUUCGCAUUGGAAACACAGAGUCAGCAUCAGUGCCAGUUGUACGUGGGGUACUUUGGGGCUCUGUGCUAUGGUCAAUACUGUUUUAACUUAGGGCAAUGACUUCAUGAAUGGAUGUGAAUGCUAUGUAGUCAUGUUAGCAGAUGACAUCAAUAUAUGGCAGGCAAUCAAAUUAAAUAGUUAUAAACUGGACCUUUAAGAAGUAUUUAACGGCCUAUGGGAACAGUCCGAUAGAUGGCUUCUUAAGUUUAAGUUCACUUUAGUCCAGUCCGAGAAAAACCGCCGAUAACUGAACAUUUGAAAGACAGGCUGUGUACAUAAUUGCAUGCGGAAAGCAGGCAUUUGUCUUUUAGCCAAAAUGGGUAAAUAUGAACGGGUACUCCUUUUGAGAAACGUGUCACACUUCUAUUUAAAACGAAGGAGAGCCCAAAUGGAAAUGAUCGUCAAUGCCUCCUUGACAGAAGAAGCCUCGUAAUAACCAUUCAGUCUUCUCUGUAACCCUCUUUUCAAUGCGCAAGGGCGAGAAAAAAGGCAACGGGUGUUCAUCUUGCCAGCUAAUGAACGUUCAUUGAUAUAGAUAUGAAAAUAUCUGGAAGAGUAUACGGAGGUUCAUCAUUAAAGAAUGGAACUUAGGCGUGAUGUCCAUGGCCAAAAAGUCAUAAGUUGCUGGAAAGUUUUCAAAGAAGGGCGACCGAUUUCGUUAAGGGCCUCAAGACUUAACCUUACAAAUGGUGACUUGAUGCGCAUAAACCAUUUCCUCUUGAGCACAGGCAGAUGCAGGGCGACCUCAUCAAUGCCUACGGGACUGUCAGCAAUCGGGACUGUGGCCUGUGCUUCGAUUACUUGUUCGCGUUGGUCACAACGACACACAAGCGUGGGAACUCAGUCAAACGUCGGGAGGCUGAUCCCACCUAGAUGUGCGCGCGUACUCGUCUUAACGACGAGUUGUUUGUGGCCGCAAUGGAAUUCCGGAGGAAAUAGUAAUGGCAGGCUCAACAGGGACGUUUUAACAAAAACGGGAUACAUAUUUCCUUUAAAAACACCGUCCAACUGGGCGAAAAAUCUAUGUUACAACACACCGGUGCGUUGCACAUACCUGCUGCUAAUUCGACUGACUACUAUUUCGUAAUUCUUAUUAACCCAAGUGUGAAAAACUCGACGCCUAGGUGGGAUUUGAAUCCACGCAGGAAGGGGAAGGCUUAAGUACAACCAACGCUCUAACCACUUGAGCUACGAGGCCCUGCCGGACAACUCGAGUUUAACCACAUUUGGGUCAAGUUACCCGCCCAACCUACUGCAACGUCUGGAAUCCACAAAUCUGAUACAGUAAGUUGACUGCUCAGGCAGGAUUUCCUAAGUAAUUCUUCUAUAAUCCACCAGAUUACUUCCAGGCUCACGUAGCUCAUGUGGUUAGAGCGUUGGCUGUACUAAAGCCUUCCACCUACUGUGUGGGUUCGAAUCCCACCGAGGCGCCGAGUUUUUCACAGUUGGGUCAAUAUGACUUAUUCAAAAUCUCUCAAAACAUCUAUGAAUUACGUGAGCCUGGUAGUCAUUUGGUGGAUUCUAGAUCAACUACUUAGGAAAUCCUGCUUGGACAGUCAACUUACUGUAUCAGAUUUGGUAGAUUCCAUGCGGAAAACUUGACCUAAAUGUGAUCAAACUCGCGUCGUCCGGCGGGGCCUCGUAGCUCAAGUGGUUAGAGCGUUGGCUGUACUAAAGCUUUCCCCCUACUGCGUGGGUUCGAAUCCCACCGAGGCGUUGAGCUUCUCACAGUUGGAUCGAUAUGAAUUAUUUAAAAUCUGCCAAAGCAUCUAUGUUUUUCGUAUUUGACAUUAUCCCCAACAAUUGCGGGCUGCAGUCCCACACUUUUAAAAUAUUAUUCUAUAAAAUCGCAUGUUAUCUGCGACACUUUGGUGGCCUGUUUAUACGAAAUUGAAUGUUGCACGUAACGCAUUCAAUGUGGCCUUCAAAGACAUUGCCUACUACCCUUUACUGUGCUAAAAUAUACUGAAUUGAUUUAAUGAGUUUCAGACAACUUAAGAGUCUAUGGGUUUUAGCUAACAAAAGACUUGGUGCACAAAAAGUUGGGAAAAUAGGAGGCUAGGUCCAGUUUCGGCUCCAUUAGCCGUUAUAAUGUGCGGUUAAUUAACUGGCAUCUGUUUAAGUCCGAAGAUUAUAAGUGUCCUUUUCGUAAAUAGCGCGCAAUGCGUUAGGUGUACAAAAUUUUUGGCGACACGAUAACGUUGUCCCUGCCACUUCCAAACAUCUGGGCGAAUUAUACGCGCGCGGUUUGAAUUUUGAGGAGCAAGAAGGGCAUUUUCAAUCGAGUUCCUCACUGGAAACAGUUGGUCCGGCAUCAGAAAUUGGAUUUUCAAACGCAUUGUUGCCUACUACCCUCAACUUUGCUGUUAUCGUUGCCCUCAUCGUACGACUAGGACACUUUUCUGCAAUUGCUGGCAAUCUGAGCGUAACCAACACAGCCUACAAAUCCUUCAUAUCGUCUCGAAUUGUCCACCGUACCUUGGGAACAGGACCUACUAAAGGCUGAGUCGAUAAUUUCUACACUGCUUGUUGAGCUGCUUAGAUUUGUACUCCUGGCAUAUUACCAAAAAGUCAUAGUUAAAAACACCUCCAGGCCUUGCUUUCUUGAGAUUCGCCGACAAACCCAACCAUACACGCAGUUUUCUCUAUUUGGCCCUAGGCGACGUUUUUCCUUCGAUUCCUGUGGCCUGCUCCUUUUCCAUAACUUCACAGCAUGACUGAAGUACGCACUGACGUCCGCAAAAUGGAUCGGUGUGUGGAAUCGAUCCAGCGAUCACCCCUUGCUUAGUCAAGUGCGCUAAUCCCUACGCCACCGUAGCACGUCGGCGAGCGGUAUCACAUAGUCUACUUAACUGUAUGGACGCAGAAAAUGCAGGCCAAAGCUGCAGUGGAUGCCAGAUUCUAGCCGCCAAGGUCAACUAUCUUGAGGAAGAAAUCACAAAGAUAAAAGCCCAGUUGCGAUGCAGUCUAGACCAAGCUAACGCUAGCACUUUGCUUACUGGACGAGUAACCAGAAGUAGGGCAAAAGCUCCCAGCAUAAUAGGAACGCCAGCACCUAUUAUAGCGGCCCCAGAAGGAAUAGCUAAAAAGCGAGAAAAUAACGACCAGAAAGGCAACCCAAAAACUAAGGAGAAAAAGAAAUCCAACUGUAAAAUGGCCGAGAAAACGGACGGCUACUUCCGGAAGAUGCCUCUUUAGCGGUCGAAGCAGAGACAUUGACAGAUGCUCCGCCCCUCAUGACAAAUGGUGUGCGUUCAAACACCUUUGCUGACUCUCAGAAACAGUCCGAGCUUGAUAGACCUAGUACGAGCGGUGGAAUCGAUUCAUCCAUCACAGCCACAGAUUUCUCUCCGCAGUCUUCUCCGCCAAGUACUUCUUCCAAGAUUGUCAACAUAAGAGUCAAACAAACAGACGGCGUAAGCGCAUCUGCUCCACCAUCACCAGCGCGUAGUCCCAGAGCGUUACGUCAUUUAGGGAACCACAAUUCCGUAGAAAAUAAAAAAGAGACCGACAGAGAACAAUGUCUUAUUAUUCAGGGGCUCCCUGAAUCAAGUGCAAUUACUCCCAAGGAGCGAAUUUUGGAAGACCUAUCACUCUUCCAAGGUCUUCUCAAUAAUAUUUUGGAACCCACGGAGGCUACUGAAGUGAUCAAAGCCUUCCGCCUUGGAAAACGAGCAGAUAAUCCAUCAGUGUCCACUCGACCCCGGCCUCUUAAAGUUGUGCUGACCAGCAGCGACCAAGCCAGUCUCAUUUACUCCAGGCGAUUCAGGAUUAAAGGCUCCAACCCCGGUGUUUUUUUUCAACCGGACUACUCGCCAGCCGAACGGCUCAAGCGUCGUCAGCUGGUUCUAGAAGUAAGAAAGAGGCUCAGCGAGGGGGAGAACAAUUUAGUAAUAUACAAGAACCAAGUACGGCGGCGUCCGUCACUCUUCCUUUGGACAGGUCCUGUCCGAAUGACCGCGCAGCCGACAUAUUAAGUGAAGGCGCUAACCCAAAUGUAACCACAUCUUCCGUCAGCCGGAAAUUGAAAUUCUUGUACACCAACGUACAGAGUUUGCUAUCAAAGUUCGACGAGCUGAAGAUCCACCUCUGCGACCUAUCCCCUGACGUAAUCUCUCUUACAGAAACCUGGUUGACCCAACACGUGGACGACCGUGAGCUGGCCUUGCCUGGCUACCAGAUGUUUAGAAGGGAUAGGGAAGGGCGUCAGGGAGGAGGCGUACUAACGUAUGUAAAAAAUGGGCUAAAUGUAUCAGACAAGACCGAUAACUUUUCGUGCAGUUCCGAGGCAAUCUGGUUGCCUAUUAAAGUGCCGAGCUCGCCUAGCCUCGAUGUCCUGACAGUUUAUCGACCGCCGAGACGGGACAACAUGGCCGACGCUCGCCUGCUGGAGGAGCUCGAAAAGUUCGCUACGCGGCCGGAUAUCCUAAUCAUGGGCGACUUUAACGCGCCCCAUAUUGACUGGAGCUCAACCCAUGCAAAUAGCUCAGAACAGACCUUCGAUAAGAGUUUUCUGAACACGGCAUUGAAGCUAUUUCUCACUCAACACGUCAUGUUACCAACUAGAGUACGCGAAAGCCAACAAGCCAACUGCCUUGAUCUUGUCCUUACGAAGUCACAGGACAGCAUUGAUGAGGUGUCAUGCCUACCCCCCUUAGGUAAAAGUGACCACGUCGUUCUUAUAUGGGAUUACUCGCUUUUUUCCAUGCCCAAGAAACCCGGGGCAGUUAGAAGAAACCUUUGGCGCGGGGAUUUCGAUCAAAUGAGGGCUGAAAUUUUACGCAUUGAGUGGGAGUCCAUAUUUGUUGGGAGCAUACUCGAAGACUGGCAACGGUUCCGAGCAAUUCUGCACGAGCUGUUCGUAAACCACUGUCCGCUUUCACGGAAGAGGUUAACUAACAGACCUCGAUGGCUUACGCAAGCCUUGAAGAAUGAAGUGAAUAAAAACGACGGCUGUGGAAAAAAUCGCUUUCUGACAGGGGCCCCACAUCUAUAUGCGCGUACAAAAUUCAAAGAAAUCGAGUCAAGGGUCUUAUCUUCAAAACCAGAAAGGAAUUCGAACGGGAUCUGCUUAACCGUGCCGCGGAGAACCCUAAAUUAUUCUACGGUUACAUUAGGCAGUGCACGCGGAACAAGGACCCAAUACCCCUGAUAAGGACUGCUGAAGGCGAACAUCUCACUGACGACAGGGCGAAAGCUGAUCACCCUUCAGAAUUUUUUCGGUCUGUUUUUAGUAGCGAAACAGGAUUCAACCCUUCGGCCCUUCAAUCCUUCGAAGACAACCCAAUUAUAGAGACCGUCCAGUUCAGUGAGGGUAUGGUUCUGACGGAGUUGCUGAGGCUAAAGGAAUCCAAAUCACCAGGUCCCGAUGAGAUUCCGGCGAAGAUUUUGAAGGAACUCGCCGGUGAGUUGUCUAAGCCACUCUCCAUGCUUUUCCAUACAUCCUUCGAGACCGGAUAUCUGCCACCCGACUGGAAGUCGGCGUGGAUUACGCCGCUGUACAAGGGCGGAAGUCGGGUCUCUGCGAACAAUUACAGACGGGUCAGCCUCACCUCCAUUUGCUGUAAGAUUAUGGAGAAGAUAAUAAAGCAACAACUAAUGCAGUUCCUUGAACAAAACCAUUUCCUUUCCGAUUCUCAGCAUGGAUUCCGAAAAGGCAGAUCCUGUGUGACAAACCUGCUCUACUGUCUGGAACACUGGACUAGGGCUGUUGAUAGAGGAGAUAUGGUGCAUGCUAUCUAUAUCGACUUUAAAAAGGUCUUCGAUAGUGUGCCUCACCACCGCCUUCUAUCCAAACUUAGCCGUGCAGGAGUGCGGGGUAAGCUUCUGAUGUGGAUUCGGAGCUUUUAAAUCGGCCGCUCUCAAGUCGUCCACGUCGGUGACCAACAAUCUGCCGAGGUAACCGUUAAGAGUGGUGUUCCCCAAGGCUCUGUUCUUGGCCCUACGCUGUUCCUCGUAUACGUCAAUGACUGCGCAAACGAACUGAAUUGCGAUGUCGCAAUGUUUGCCGAUGACAUAAAGAUCUGGAGUACCAUACGAAGCGAAGUUGGCGAGGCGCGACUGCAGACAAGUCUGGACCACCUCGAGCAAUGA